AUGAUGGUGAGCGGAAACGAAAAUCUCCCAGCGAACGAGGCUAUAAAAAAACCGAGGCUCGAUGCCGAGGAACAGACUUUGACUGUGCGUUUCGCUAAACUCAAUGAGGAUGCGCACGAACCAACGUAUGGCUCAAUUUGUGCGGCUGGUGCCGAUCUCUACAGUGCCGAGAAUUGUGUGAUUCCAGCUAAAGGGAAAUAUUGUGUAUCGACGGGAAUCCAAGUUGAACUACCUUAUGGCUACUAUGGACGCGUUGCACCCCGCUCAGGACUGGCCGCGAAACAUUUCAUUGAUGUGGGUGCAGGAGUAGUUGAUUCGGAUUAUCGGGGAGAACUAAAGGUUCUGCUUUUCAACUUCGGUGACGCUGAUUUUGUGGUAAAGCAAGGUGACCGUGUUGCUCAAUUCAUUUGUGAGCGAAUCGCUCACGUGAAGUACCAAGAAGUCGGCUCUCUGACGAAUACGGAUCGUGGGGAUGGGGGUUUCGGAUCAACCGGAAAA